AUGUCCGACUUGACUCUUAAUGGACUAGAUGACCUUGAACGCGAUUGGAUCGAAGGGUCUCUCAAACCAGAUUCCAUUGACGUACCCUCUCAUCAGAUUCCACCUGAUCCAAAUGACAGUGAUACUCUGCCCUCUCAGGUCCACCCAUCGUACCCUUAUGGCAACCCGACCAAACCAUCGCACCCAGUAGCUUUCGAACCUCUAGGCCGCGGAUCUUCCCGAGCGUAUUACGACGAUAUGCGAUUCGAAAGGUUACGAAGGCUCGACCGCUUGCGUUGGACAAAUCUCGCACUAGAUUUGCUACUCCCGAUUGACCAUGAAAGAGAAGAAGCACUCAAAGCCGCUGCUGCUAGAAAAGCUGCCAGUGGUGCCGCUGCCAAUAAUAACUCGGGGAACGGUGGCGCUGAUGCUGAUCAGGCGACAACAGACGAGACAGAAGCCGAAGAAGAGGGUGAGCAAGAUGAGGAAGAGGGCGAAGAUGGCGAGGGCGAAGAUGAGGAUGUUGAAGAAGUUGAAGGAUCAAACGAAGGAUCAGAAUAUGUGGAGUAA